UUGCUCUUCCUACUGAUAAUCGCGUCCGCGGUUGCUUCACGCGCUCACAAGCUCAAAUCCGCCACGUUCCUAUCAUCGGAGCUCGUCCUAGCUCCCGGCUCGUUAACCAACACGCUCCACUACGACGUUGGCUUCCCGACUGGCCACAUCGGCAUCAAGAGCUUCCACGUCGAGCCCGUCGACUCCUCCGGCCGCCCCAUCCCGCUCUACGAGACGUAUCUCCAGUCUCCACCACUGGGAUCUGUUCUGAUACGUCGUCCCCAAGGGCACUGGUGGUAG